AUGGUGAAAUUAUUGAAAAGCACACUUCUAGUAUCUGCGUUGACUUCAUUGACAAGUGCAUUGACGACUCUAACCCCUGAUGAUGAAACCGUUAACAUGAUCGAAUUGGCUAUUUACGUCAAUGAUAUCCAUGGUCAUAUGGCUGAUUAUUUGUCCAUGCAAGGUGCAAACCCAGAUAUGCCUUACCCAUCAGAAAUUAUGAAAGCUGUUAUGGCCAUCUUAUUCGGUACCGAUCCAAACAAUAAAUUCACAACUUUAUUCAGUACUAUCCCACCUGCUGAAAUCACAUCUAUGAUUACAGGUGUCCCAUGGUACUCUGAGAGAUUACAACCUGCCAUUUCUAAAUCUUUAGAAGCUAGAGGUAUCGUUACAAUGUGGCCUCCUUCUCCAACUCCAACUCCAACUCCAACUCCAACUCCAACUCCAACUCCAACUCCAACUCCAACUCCAACUCCUACUCCGACUCCUACUACUACUUCUACUAGUACUAGUACUACUACCACUCCAUCUACUACCACUACCACUAGUACUACUAGUACUACUAGUACUUCUACCACUCCAUCUACUACCACUACCGCCCCAACCACUAGUACUACUAGUACUACUACCACUCCAUCUACUACCACUCCUACUACUACCACUACUACUAGUAGCCCUAUUGCCACCCCUACUACUACCACUACUACUACUUCUACCUCUUCUUCAGCUACGAUUGCAUCAAACGCUGCUGUCGAAACUUCUUCAGCUGCUACGUCAACUGCCGAUGCAUCUACUUCUGAGGCCAAAAAAAGCUCAUCUGCCGCUGAGGAAUUGUCUACUGAAAGUUCAACUAAAUUAGCUUCCACUGUGUCUGCUGUCGCUUCAUCUUCAUCUUCUGCCGAUUCAUCUGUUCUUGCUUCCUCUGCUGUCGCCUCAUCUAUCGCUAAAGAAGAAGCAUCAUUCAUUGCUGCUCUUUCUUCUUCAUCAUCUUCAUCUGAAACCCCAGUUGCUACCUCAUCUGAAGCUGCAGUUGUCCCAUCAUCCGCAACUGUUGUCUCAUCAUCUGCUGCUCUUGCUUCAUCAUCCGCCGCUGUUGUCUCAUCCUCUGCUGCUGUUGCUUCAUCUUCUGCCAAGACUACUCCGAUCUCUUCGGUAUCAUCUGAUAUCACCACAUCUUGUGUUGACUGUGAAGAAUCAGAACGUGCUACAAAAACCGCAUACACUGUUGCUGAAAAGACUGUCACUAGUUGUGAUGAAAAAUGUCAACAAUCUAAAUUAUUAAUUUCUGCAUCAGCCACCAAGACAUACGCUAACUCCACUACUGCCAAUCCACAAUUCCAAAAUUCAACUACUUACAUUUAUACUACUGAAGGUAAGACUGUUACGUGUACUGAAGAAGUUUGCAAGUCUAAGGCCACUGCUGCUCCUGCUAAGACAACCACUGACAUUGUCUACGUGACUGAAGGUGUCACUAUUACUUGUGAAUGUACCGAUGAAGAUUGUAAAUCUAAAGCUACUGCUGCUAACAACGCUCAAGCUAAGACCACCACUGAAAUUGUUUACGUCACUGAAGGUGUCACUGUUACUUGUGAAUGUACCGAUGAAGAAUGUAAAUCUAAGGCGUCUGCUGCUGGUAAUGCUUCUACUAAGACUUCUACUGAAGUUGUCUACGUUACUGAUAAUAAGACUGUUACUUGUACUGAUGAAGUUUGUAAAUCAAAGGCUACUGCUUCUCCAACUGGUAAGGGUAAGGGUAACGAUGAAAACACUACCUACACUGAAAUCAUUUACACUACUUUAGGUAAGACUGUUACUUCUAAGGCUUCUUCUGAAGUUGAAAAAGUUGCUGUCUCUACUGGUGCUAGUGGUAGUUCCACCAUUAAGGUUUCUCAAGUUACCAACAAACCAUCUGGUGCUUCUCCAUCUGCAACUGUUCAACAACAAACUGAAAAUGGUGCUGCUAAGCAACUUGUCGGUUUAGGUGCUGGUAUUGUUGCUGCUGGUAUCUUAUUAUUAUAA